UACAAAUAGAAAUAUGAACUCAGCAAAUGAAGAGGUACAUGUUAAUUUAGUUCUUCCAGAAAACACGUCCUCAACUGAAAACCAGGAGCUAUCAGCUGCUGAUAACAAUGCAAAUCUUAAUGCAUCAACUAGUAAGGGUGCAAUACCCAAAAAUACUUCAGCAACUAAACUUUUGUCAUCAGCCAAGAAGUCUGGCAAACUUAACAAUAAUACUGAUGAACCAAAUUUAUCCUGUAAUCAUCAGUUAAAAGAACGGCCUCAUCAAAAUGGUUUUGGUGAAUGUGUAUCUAAUCAAGUGCCUAAUCCAUAUUCUUCAGAUGUGGAGAAUUCUUAUUCUAGUGAAAUAUUUUGGAAAACUGAAAAGGCAGAGCAUGAGGAACCUCAGUUUCUGACUUUAGGUGACUUACAAACAUUUAAUAUUCCAUCAGCUAGUCAGUAUGAAAAAAUCAAAGACAACUUUAAUGAUUACAAUUUAUACAGACAAGACCUACAUUUAAGUGAUUCUUCCAAUGAUGAAAAUGAAUUAUUAUCCAUAUCAGAUGAUGGAUGUGUCUAUACUUUUAAAGGAGAUCAAGUGGCAGAUUUGCCAAGUUCUUUUUUUAGUUUAGAUAUUCCAUUACAGCCAAGUCCUGAAAUAUCAAUUCAAAAUCGACAAAAAAAUAAUACCAGCCCAGAAAUGGAUUAUUUGGAAAUGGAUUUUGACCCUGGCCCUUCAGGAGAUGCUGACUCUGAUACAGGUUUAAAUGGUGAUAUGGAUAAUAUCGAGAAUCUGCCAAGCACUAGUUCAUAUAACAUAAGCAUACAAGAAAACAAAACGGUUUUGAGAGAAUGCGAAACAAAAUCAGAUUUGAAAAACAUUAAAAGUGAGUUUAGACAUGUAUUGCAAGAGCAGGAAGUAAAAACUAGUGCAAAUCAAGAAGUUAAUAUUACUACAUCUAGUCAGUUAAAUAAUUCUGUUACUUCAAUAAGUUCGAAUUUACCUUUAGAAUUUAAACCUAUGGAUAGGCCUGUAUCACAUCAAAAUGCUGAAUUAAUUACUCAAAUAAGGAGUCUCAAAUUACCUUGGCUAGAUUCACCAAACAGAUACAAUAGCAAACCAAUUACAAGAGAACCAGCAGAACACUCAUUUUCUUUAAUGUCAUGUAGUUCUGAAUAUAAUUCACCUUCUGAUAAAGAAAAUUAUGUCUGUUAUGAUAAUUUCAAUAUAAGUAAAUCAUGCAAUUCAUCCCCAAAUGAUUUGACUUCUUGCACCAAAGUAAGAAAAGUAAUGUUAUGGUCUGAAGAGGAAGCUGCUAAGAAACAAAUACCUCAAAUAGGCGUCUCUGCAUGUGGUGCUACUGCUGUUUUGAACGUUUUAAAAGCUUUAAGAUUUCCCAUUUCUCUUCCUGAUAAGGCACAAACUUUUGUAAAGACUCGAUUACGUGAAAAUUCAAGUCCUCUUUUGGAAUACUUAUUGUCCAGAAGUGUAGCAGGAUGUACUCAUGAAGACAUAAUUAAUGGACUUUCAAAGGCAUCUGGUGGGGAAAUAUAUUCUAGAUUUUUUCAUAUGUAUCCUGAACGAGAUUUUGAUUUGUCGUGUUUUUUGCGCUUUUGGAUGAAAAACGAUACUGUACCAAUUGCUACAGUAAAUUUGCAAAAAUGUAGCAAUUACAAAAAUAGUGGAACUAUUCCAGAUGCUUGGCAUCAUCAAAUGAUAUUUGGUAUUAGUUCAAAGGGAAUUCAUUUAACAAAUCCGUUAGAGUGCAUAGAAAUUGCUCAGAUUUGGCCGCAACUCUGCUCUGAAUCAGUUCUUUUAAUUAAGAGGGAAGAUAUAUUGGCCCGUUGGAAUCAAAAAACUGAUCUGCCAAGACUAAUGACCAUAAAUCAUAAGAGUUGGAGGAACCUUAAUGUUGUAGGACAAGUUGCAAAUAUGGUUCGCGAAAGUAGAAGGGAAUUUAGACCAGGCUUUACAAACACUUCACAUAUUACAAUACCUGCUGCAUAUUCUUCAGGUAUAACACUUGCUCUCAGAAAAAGCAAUCCAUUAUACCCACUUCUAAGAUUUUGUGAUGACUUACCUGUGCUUCAUCUAUCAAAAAUUAAAAGCUCAUCAAAAACUGGUCAGUAAUACUUUUAACAUACAACAUACAACUACUGAUUAAGUUUUUACUUAUAUUGAUUCAUGUUUUUCAAAAAAAAAAAUGCUCACAAGUAUAUAAUGAUCCUACUAAUAGUAAAUAAUAACGUUCAAUUCUCCAGUGUACAGUAUUGUACGCUCUGACAUGUUUAUUUUUUCUUUUUGCGACGGCGGUACCACUUUAUAGUAUCACCAUCAUUGUACGUAUCACUAAUUAGUUAAUAAUAAUUAUUGCUGUGAAUUAAUUAAAUAGUAUGUAGGUAAUACGCAAGCACACAUCAUACACAUAAAUAAUUGUACUGGAGACUACCAGGAAAUUCUUAGGUCAAAUUAAUAAUAUACCUACACGAUAGACACUUUUUUACUACAUUUUUAUGUGUAAAUUAUAAAUAUAUCCAGAU